AUGAACGUAGAAGAAUUAAAGGAAGCCAUAAAGAGAAUUGGAUAAUGUUAAUAGGAGUAAGUUGAAUGUAGUAACAAUAGAUCUUAGUAGGAUUUAGAGAUAGUUUUGUAAUAAAUCCAAAAUCCUGUGGGAUUGGAUUUAUUGUAUCAAUGUGCAAAGAACGUGAUCGAGUUCAGACAAUACACAAUGUAUUGGAAAGUAAGUAUCAUCUUAUAAUUGAUAGUCUGCAAAUAAAAUCUUGAUGGAGAUAGUAAAGGUGUGUUUAAAUAAUCGUGAUCAAUUGAAAGCAUGGGAGACAAUUAGAUUAACAAUAGACCCAGAUAAGCAUUUCUAUAAGUGUCAUGAGUUAGUAUAAAUAGAUGAAGACUAGGUAAUAGAAUGCAAACAAAUUUUAGUUUUCGCAUUAGGAAUUCACUUAAUAAGAAUUUUGUGCAAAUCUUUAAGAAAAUUAAGAUGUGGAUGCAUUAUAUGAAGAUGAAAAAGGCAAUGUAAUUGGAUGGUGUAGAGCAAAUAUUGUUAAAAUUAAUGAAAAGUAUGUUUGGGUUAAAUGGUAUGAAAAUGAAGAGAAAAGAAAAAUUGCUAGAUAUUCUAUGGAUUUAGCUCCAUUUAAAAGUUAAGUUACAGAUGACGAAUGGGAAUGGAGACAUUCUCUUAAUGCUGGAGAUAUUAUAGAUUGUUUUGAUAAUAGGGUAUGGUAAAAUGCAACAAUCAUUGCUCCAUUAAAUCCUGAUGAUAAUGAAUAUGUUGUAGGAUUUAGAGUAUAUGAUGAAAAAGGCAAUUAAUAUGAUUCAAAAAAUAGAAGAUUCUUUGGUUGGAAUUAAUAAUAUGAUGAAAGAAUUAAAGCUAUAAGUCCAAGAAUUUAAAAGAAAAAUGCAUUUUCAAGAGGAUAACCAUCUAAUCCUCAUUGUUAAGAAGAGAUUGUUCAUGAUUGUAAUGAUUUUCUCUAUCCAAAAACUGAUUAUGCUGUACCCAGAUUUCAAACUAAAUAAGCUAGAAGAUCAACUGUCAUUUGUGAAAUGAUUAAUGAAUUUGGCAAAAAUGGUUUGUUUUAAUACAUUCUAGAUUAAAUUAUAAAUAAAUGUACCAUUGAUUUCUUACACAGUUACAUGGUCGUUUUAAAUAAUUUUUAAGAAAUGCUUAACAGAUAAUUUGUUUUAACCUAUGUACCCAAAUUAUUUGAUGCAGUCUAAAAUAAUAUUUUAUUAUCAGCUGAUAACAAUCUUCGAAACUUUUCCUCCUAGAAGAUUAUUGAGAUUUUAUAAGCUUUAAGUAAUCUAUUGAAAAGGGUGUUUGCUUUAUAGAAAAGAUAAGAAAUGAUUGAUAGAUUGGAUUUGGAUAUAGCAUAUAAAUGUUUUACAAGUGAUUUUUUAGAAAGAAAGAUUUAAGGUUUGAAAGCCAUUUAAGAGUUAAUAAAGAAGACAAAAGAUCAAUAUAAUUAAUAUGGAAUGUAGGAAUAGUAAAAGUAAUAAGCUAUUUAAAUGAUAUUGGAAUGGUUAAAUGAGAAAAAGAUCUUUGAAAGUCUGUAUGUAGGAUCUGGUAAUUCUCAUUUAGUUUAGAGAAGUGCAGAAUUUUUUAAGUUUUUGAUUGAAGAGAAAAUGAUAAGUAUUAAUAAUUUCAAAGAGAUUUGGAAUAGUUUAGAGAAAGCUGAAUAUGAACAUAAAUUAGCAAUAUUUAAAUUAUUUAAAGAUGUUUCAAACUCAUUAGAAAAGGAAUGGUUAGAUUUUUUAACAGAUGCAGUUUGUAGUAAGGAUCCAAAAGAUGUAACGAAAGAUGAUUUGGAAUUAUUGCUUGAUAUAAUAAAGAUGAAUUAUAGAUAUAAAGAUGAGUAUAUCUAGAAAUGUUGUAAUUAUUAUUGGACAGUGUUAAAGAGUGGAUAAUUGAAUUAGACAAUGUUAGAAUAAUACAUUUCAUAUUAUAUAGAUCAAGUAACUUAAUAUGAGAUGAGACCUCAUAAAGGGACAUAAAUUAGUAUGAUAGGAGAGAGUAUCAUUAAUGGAGAAUAAGUAAAUGUAGGUUUGAGAGUGUUAAUAAAAUUGAUAGAGAAAUUGGAUAUUCAACCAGCUGCUUGGGAAUAAUACACAAGAAAUGUUGCAUUGACAGAAUUAGAAAAUAAAUUUAAAAUAGUUGAUGAGAUAAUUAAAUCUAUUCCUGAAUUAAAGAAAUAGAAAGAUUAUUUAGAGGAAAUUAAGAUUAGAAUGCAAUUUAUUUAAUUCUUUUAUUAGAAUAUCAAUACAUAUGAAUAUAGAUUAACAUUUAAAAUAAUAUCAAGUAUAUGGGAAUAACUUGUAUGUUAAUCAUCAAGUCAAUAAGAAAAGGAUCUAGUUUAUAAAUGGUUUAGUGCAUUAUCAACUUAAGAUGGAUAAUCAUAAUUAACAUCAAUGGUGGCUAUUUCAGAUUUGAAAUCCUUUUUCAAUGAGAAAAUGACAAAUGAUUUGAUUUAAUUGACAGAAGAAGGAUUUAAUUGUUUUAAGACAGUUUUAACAGCAAUAAAUAAAUAAGAUGAUAAUAGUUUUGGUCUUGAUGUGUUAUGGUAAAUGAUUUUAGAAACAGAAAAUGACAAAGUAUCUUAAUUAGCUAUAGAAUAUUAUCUAUAAUUUGAGAGUACUUUGGAAGUGUUGUUUAAUAAAUUGUAAGAGAAUAGAAAUAAUAAUUAAAAAUUAUAUAGAUGUUUGUUGGUAUUGGAAGGAUUUAUAGAUUAAAGUGAAAUAAAUGGAGUAGGUAAUUUAAAAAGUUUAAAUGCAUUAUCAUAAGGAGAGGAAUUGUAAAUCUAAGUAUCACAUGAGCAUGGAAAUUAGAAGAAAUUUACAAUAAAGAUUUAUGACAAUUAAACAAUAAUAGAAUUAAGAUUAGCCAUUAGUAAAGUAAUUAAAUAAUAAUGGGAUUCAAUUGGUUUGAAUAGUUUGAAAGGAGAAAUUAAAUUUACUGAGAAUGGAAAGAUGAUUAAAGACUUAAGAUUGAAAAAGGGAGAAAUCAUAAUGGUAUUCAGAAAAUAAGUAAAAGAUAUACAUGAAGUUAAUUUAUUGGAUGGAGAAGAUUUAUCUGAACCAGCUAAAUAAGUUUUUGGAGAGAUAUUUAGUGAGUAUUCUACUGAUGGUAAAAUGAGUAAAGAAGAUUGUACUAGAUUUGUAACUGGAUGUACUGGAAAUCCUUGUAGUAUAGAUGAUGCAAAUAUUUAAAGAACAUUUGAAUAAUAUGAUAAAGACAAAGAUUCUAUAUUAACUUUGAAUGAUUUCCUUGAUUUCUAUACUGAUUCUGCUAGAACCAAAAGAAGUACAGUUUGGCUCAAUCUUCAAACUUUACAUUAUAGAAAUGAUCUUAUUAGAGGAGACAGAGUUCCCUUACCUCAAGUUAAUGCCUAAUAAUUACCUAGAGGAUAGAUUGUUCAAAAUUAAAGAUACUUAGAUUUACUUUUCGAAUUAUUAUAGAAUUCAAGUAAUGAAGUUUAGGAAAAAACUUGGUAUCUUUUAAGAAGAUUACCUCCAUCUCCAUAAUUGAUUAAGUAGAUGCUUACUUUUGAAAAUAUUCAAUCGCCUACUGAUUGGGAUCAAAUUCUUGUUAGUAGUCAUUAUAGAUUAUUAUAUAGUCUAUAUAUUAUUGAAUUUCUUAUGAAUCAAUAAGAUUCCAAUCAUUUAUAAGCUUUAAUUGAAGAUUAAGAAAUUUUAAUUUUGAAAGAUAAAUGGAUGAGUAAGUUCCUAUAACUUGGAGGAUUUGAUAAAUUGUUAUAAUUUUUUAAAUAAUAUCAAGGUAGAAGUGUAAGUACUUUACCAUAAAUUGAAAAAGAAAUCUUAUCAUUUCUAUUAAAAACAUUCUAAAAUUAUGUUAUUGCUGCUUGUGCUACAAAUGUACCUAAUCUCUAUAAAGCUUCAAGAGCUAUUCAAAUUAUUAAACCCUUAGAUCAAGUACUUAUAGAUAUUCGAUAAUCAGAAGAUCCAGAAGAAUUUAAAUUACUUGUUUAAAAAUUAAAAGAAAGUCGACUUGGUGAUAGUAUCACUGAAAAAAUUGAAAAAUUCAUCACUGUCUUAGUUAAUUUGAUUUAAGAACUUCUGAAAAGUAAUGAAUUAGAAUAAGAAGAUAGAUAAAUUAUUGAACAUAGUGUUAUUGUAAUAAUUGUAAUCUUAUUACAUAAUUAAGAAUUAUUAACAAAUAGCAUUGAAAAUAUAGAAUUCAUUAAUAUUUUUUUUAGUGGAAUAUUUACUGAUAAAUCUGAUAGUUUAAGAAAUCUUUUCAGUAGAGCUAUUUUAGUCCUCUGUCAUGAAAGUCAAAAGAGAAAUAAUCAACCGACUAAAAUCAUAUUAUAAUAAUUGAUAUCUAUGCAGAAUCAAUAAGCAAAUUCAUCAUAAUUUUAUGAAUUAUUAAGUCAAUUAAUUGACAGUGCCUUUGAAAGUGAAGACUCUUAAUAGUUCAUUGAUUAUGAAUAAUUAACUUAACAAGUUUUAGACAAUCUCAUCAAUCAUAAAAGUAUUGAAACAAGAUAAAAAUCUACUUCAGUUGAUAAAAUACUUAUUGGCCUUUUGAAUUUGUUAACUAAAUUACAUAAAUUCAUUAAAUAACCAAUUCAUGAUAUUAUAUUCAAUGAUUGUUUAUUUAGUCUCUAGGAUGAGAAGGAAAUUAAAUGUAAAUCUAAUGAAAGUAGAUAAGCAGCAUUCAAAUUACUCUAUUAAUUAUCUCGUUAAUUUACUAAUUGUGAAAACAUUCUUUUAAAUCUUUAAUAAUUGAGUCAAAAGAUUCCUCUUAUAAAUAGAUGGAAUUAUAUUCCAUCAAGUGAUAUGAGAAGUUCCUUUGGAUAUUGUGGAAUCAGAAAUCUUAGAUGCAUUUGUUAUAUGAAUGCUAUGCUUCAAUAAUUUUAUAUGACUAUUCCAUUUAGAUAUGGUAUCUUAUAAGCUGAUGAUGGUAAAGAAUCUGAUAUACAAUAAAGUAAAACUGGAUUUUUAUUUGAUGACAAUGUUCUUCAUUAAUUAUAAUAGAUGUUUAGUUAUUUAGAGUUAUCUGAUCGUAUUGAUUAUAAUCCUUAAGAAUUUUGUGCAGCAUUUAAAGAUUAUGCAGGAGAACCAGUCAAUAUUUUCAUAUAAUAAGAUGCUCAAGAAUUUUUAAAUAUGAUAUUUGAUAAAUUGGAGAAUCUUCUCAAAAACACUGUAUAUAAAAACAUUUUAGAUGGUGUUUUUGGAGGUAAAACCUGUACAUAAAUUGAAUGUUAGAAUUGUAAAGCUAUAAAAAAUAAGGAUGAGAUAUUUUAUAAUUUGUCAGUUCCCAUAAAGAAUCUUAAAAACCUCUAGGAAUGUUUUGAUAAGUUUGUUUAGGGUGAGAUCAUUUCAGAUUUCAAAUGUGAAAGUUGUAAUUAAAAAGUAGAUGUCAGUAAGAGAUAAUUAUUAGCUUAAUUACCAAAUGUCUUGAUAUUACAUUUAUAAAGAAUUGUUUUCAAUUUAGAUACAUUUAUGAAUGAAAAAAUUAAUUCUCGUUUAGAAUUUCCUAUAAAUUUAGAUUUAGCUUAAUAUACAAUAAAUUAAGAUUAAUGUACAUAAUAUAAAUUAGUUGGUAUUGUUGUUCAUUUGGGAACUGCAGAUGUUGGUCAUUAUUUUAGUUACAUUGAUAUAAAAAGUUAAGAUUAAUGGUUGGAAUUCAAUGAUCAUAAAAUAAAGGAAUUUAAAUUGAAAUAAAUGGAGAAUGAAUGUUUUGGUGGUUAAUCAAAUAUAGAUUACAAUGAUAAUGAUGUAUGGGGAAAUGGUUUUAGAGAAAACUCGUAAAGUGCUUAUAUGUUAAUAUAUGAGAAGGUCUAAAAAGAUAAAAUAUAAUUAGAAUUUAACUCUUAAGAAGAAUUAUAAGAGCAAUUAUCUAAAUUUGAAAGUUAUUCAAUUUAACCUAAUAAUGUCUUACUAGUUGAUUAUAAUUCAUUUAAAUAAUAUAUUCCAAGUAAAUAUCAUAAGAAAGUGAAUAGUGAUAAUUAAUAGUUUUUAUUAGAAAGGAAUCUUUUUAAUUAAGAAUUCAUGAAAUUUAUAUUGGAUAUAAGUGAUUUUGUUGAUCAUGAGAUUGCAGAUGUGACAAUAGAAAUUCUUAUUCGAUUCAGUUAUGAUUUAUUAGCUCGUGCUUAUGAGAAUUCUAUUUUAGAACAGUUUAACAACAAGAUUAUACAAUUAAUUUAAUAAUAUCCUAAUCCAAAUUAUCUUGAUUUAAUAUUCUUUGGUAAAUAAGCUAAGGUUUAAGAUCUCUUAUUAGUUUGUCCAGAAUCUAGAACUCGUAAAUACUUUGGAAAAAUGCUUUCAAUAUUAUUCAAUCAAACAAUAUAGAUUCAAGGUGAAAUUAGUUAGAAAAUUUAAGAAGGUUUAGAUUUCUUGUUCCUUAUGUUAUAAGAUUAAGUACCUAAGAAUUGGACUCGCUUUGAUUAAUAUUUCUAAUUUUGGCUUGAUUUUAUUUAGGAAGGUAAAACUUAAAUGUAAUACUGUUUGGAUAAAGAUAUGAUUCUUUAUAUGAUUGAUUUUAUUCUUGAUAAGAGUAGUCCAUUAUAAUUAUAUGAAAAGAAAACUUAAAUGGGAAAUGCAUACUUUCCAAUUAAUUGUUAAAUUCCAAUGCAAAUAAUAAGUACUCUUCUUUAAUAAAAUCACUAACUCACAAUUUAAGAAAAGAAAUUACUUUAUUUACCUAAAUUUUAUGAUAAAGCAUUAAAAAGUACUAAAACAGAAGAAUUAAUUCCAAUAAUACUUAAAUUUGCUUAUAACAAUCGAUAUUUUUCUGAAAUAAUAGCAGGUUGUAUAAUGAGAGGUCUUGGAAGUGGAGAUUCUGAUGAUUUUAAGAAUUACCUUUUAAUAGCCAAACCAUUUUUAUUAAUUAAAGAUAAUUUAUAAAUAGAAAGAUUAGAAUGGUUAAUAGGAAUCCCUUCAUCUAAAUAGAAAGAAACUGCUAAAGUAUAUGAUAAUUAAUUUAUUGAAUAUCCGUAAUUUGGUCUAUAUGGAUUAAUAAGUUUAGAAGAAGAUUAUUGGACAUUUGCUAGUCCUUUAGGAUGGUAAAAUAAUCUCUUUGAAUAUUUCUGUACUCAUAGAACAAUUAAAAAUAACGAUAAUCAAUGUUUACUUAUCCUCAAAUUAUUAUUAAUGAUAAGUCUCGAGUGCGAUACUUGUUUUGAUUAUAUCUCCAAACUCCCUUGUGUAAAUUAUCAAUAUGUAAUUGUUUAUAUUUUCAUUAUUAUAGAAAUAUAUGGAAGAAAUCUUCAAAGCCUUUAUUGAAACUUAUAUAGUUGAUACUAAAAGAUUCUAUUCCUAAUAUCCUAGAAAAUAAGAAACUGAUGAAACAAAGAUUUAUCUAGAUUAAUAUUGUAAUAAGAUUUCUUAAAUUCAUAAUGAAUUUUAACCUCAAUUUGAUUUCAUAAUUGGAAAAACAGUUGAGGUAACCAAAGUCAGAAAAACUUUAUUCCUCUAUAAUCCUUGUACUAAAGAAGAAAUUCAAAUAGAUGAAGGAUCUGAGGGAUAUGAUGAUACAAAACAAUAAAUUGAAGAAGGUAAUUUACACAAAGUUCUUACCAUGGAAGUAAUUUAAAUUAUUUAAAUAUGUAGGAAAAAAUAUAUACAACUCAUGUUUGUGAUAAUAUGCCAAAUGGAAAUACUAAUGAAGCAUUACCAUAAUAAUAUGUUAAAGGAACUUAAAUUAGUAAUUAUUCUGUUGAUCCCAAUUGUUAAGCUGCAAAUUUCAUUUAAUCUAAAGCUUGGAGUGCUGAUAGUGAUGAUAAAGCCACUGUUAUUAAUCCUGGAAUUUCUGAUACUGUUAAAUAGAUUCAAAUAUAAAAUCACACUAACAGAAAUUUACAUGUUAUCUUAGAAAUUAAAGGGGAUACUAAUCCUUGCCAUUAUAUUCCAAAAUCUAAAAUUUAAUCACUUAUGAGUUCUAAGAGUUCAACUACAAUGUUUACAGCAAUAAAAACUAAUUGUAAUUAAGACUUCCCACCACUAUAAUUGACAUUAGUGUAUAAAAAAUAAGAGCCUAGAUAAGACUCUUACAUAUAUUUAUCGUCUUAAGAUGAAAUGAAUUUGGAAUUAUUAUGA